AUGGGUGAGAUCCGCAGUCCCAGACCAAAGCGAAUGGCACCAAAGAGAAAUACCGACAUGGAAAACUACAGGCUGUCAGAAGAGGGUAAAUUGCUUUGGGAAGCUUUUGAAAAGGUGAAGCCACGGAUGUGUGGGCAAGCGGCGAAGUUGACAAUUGAGGCCAUGGAAGAACACCGCGAGUACAGAGAUCGCACGGGCCCAAGCAGUCACCCCUUUUACGCUAGAAUAAAAGGAAAAGGUCAAAUCGACGACCCGGAACGGUACUACUAUCCUUAUCUAUUGGUCAUUCAGACGAUAUGGCCUGAAAGUUACCACGUUCAAGCCAUCGGGAAAGCGUUCUCGAGGUAUUGGGGUGUCCCUGACUUAUGGCGCGGCCCAGAAAAUUAUCCCAGGAUCCACGACAUAGAUCGCGAGAUGAGACUCGUCAUGGGACGGGAACCGAAAGAGGCCAAGGUACGAGAAGACAAAAGUUCAUCAGGAAAUGGUGAAGAGAGAGAAGAAGAAGAGAAAUACGUAAAACAAGAGGACAUGGGAGAAGAAGACCAGCUACAAGAGGAUGGACAGGAGGAGGAGGAAGAACAGGCGGAUGGAGAUCAGAAUGAAGAUGAUGAGGACACGAUUCCCGACGUCGACGCCAUUACCGACAUUUACGAACUCGACGGACUGGAAAAUAAAUUCGAAAAGAGAGAGAAAGAGCUCAUGGCUCAGGUCCAUAAAGCAAAGGAACUGAUCCGAAAGGUCCAAGAACGCAAGAGGAACAUUUUCAAAAAGAAGGCCCGUGCCUCAAAGAAGGUCGAAGAGAGAUUAUUGAAGAAGGCCGAGGAAAGGCGUAAGACCUCCGAGUACUGGGCCAACAUGGAACGGGAGUAUACCAAGAAACUCGAGCAACCUGCCGCCACGUCUUCUGCCAUCUCUCCCCCGCCAGAGCAAGAGAAUCAACGUCCUGCAAAGCGACAGCGGGUUAUUGAAUCGGAGGAGUGA